UAACUUAAACAAGUUGCAGACGUAACCAUGCCAUGCAACCAUAUAGUUUGCUAUAUAAACACCAACCGAUCUCUCACUCGAUUCAAGUUCAUUUUUUGGCUAAAUGAUUUCGCGUUGCGCUUUUUUAAUCUUUCUCGGUGCGAUUCUGAUCCAAGGUUGCUUCGGUGGACGCAACUGGGAGUAUGAGCCUGUAUCCUUGACAUCCUAUACCUCAGAUGAAAGUCUUUUAAAGAUUUCCACAAAAGUCGAUCGCCUGGGUCGCAGCGAGUAUGCAUUUUCCAUGACCUUAGACUGGAACUACGAUGUGGAUAAGGAUACUAUGGUUGAAGCCGAUGUCUAUCAUUGCUCAUCUGGCGAUGAGGAGGACUACAAAAUGAUGCCCUGGUCUAUACCCAAACAGCCCUUCUUCGAAUAUCUAAAUGGCUUCUACAAGGAUGCCUUCAUCAAGAAUGUGGGCCAUUGUUCUAAUAUGAUCCAAUUCGAGGGCGAAUUUGAACCUCCAUGGCCAAGGAAUGUCUAUAAACUGGACAAAUGUGUGGCCAAUGGCGAAGGAUUACCGGAAAUCGCACCGGAGGGAUUUUUCAAAUUAAUUUAUAAAAUGUCCGGACAGGUCGAAUGGGGCUUCACCCUGAUUGUCAAGGUCACACACAAGGUUAUUUAGAUCCUGUUAAUCUUCUUUUUAAUUGAUUUAUUAUAAUGUUAAAUAAACGUAAACUAAAUAAUGAUAAAAUUCGAAAUAAAUUGGUUUUUCAAAAUUA